GGUUCGUCGCAAGAAAAGCCAGGAGACGCGUACCUUCUAACAAUAUUUUGCGACAUUUACUAAUCAAAAUGCGUGUUAGUGAAAUAUUAAAGUGAACUAGAGCAUGAAUAAACUUCUCUGAGUACUAUGCAGUGGAAUUUUAAGUCAUAACACUGUGUGUACUGGUACAAAAUGUCUUAAAUAAUGAGAAUAAAUAAGUAGUUUACCUUCAGUCAUUGUCUCCUUGAUCGUUUUAGUGAAAACUGGUACAAAAGUUUGCCAGAAUGGGUUUACUAAUUUCGAAGAUCUGGAGCUUGUUCGGUAAUGAGGAACACAAGCUGGUCCUCGUUGGUCUCGACAAUGCCGGCAAGACCACAAUACUGUACCAGCUGCUGCUGGGAGAAGCGGUACACACCAGACCGACCAUCGGUUCCAACGUAGAGGAGGUGGUGUGGAGAAAUCUCCGCUUUGUGAUGUGGGACCUCGGCGGUCAGCAGAGUUUGCGGUCUGCGUGGAAUACGUACUAUACUAAUAGUGAGUUCGUGAUCAUGGUGAUUGACUCGACGGAUCGGCAGCGGCUGAGCAUCAGUCGUGACGAGCUGCAUCAGAUGCUAAAGCACGAGGAACUCACCAGAGCCUGUCUGCUGGUCUACGCGAACAAACAGGAUGUCAAAGGUUCGAUGACAGCUGCGGAGAUCUCCGAGCAGUUGGACCUAACGUCGAUAAAACAGCACCCGUGGCACAUACAGGCGUGCUGCGCGCUCACCGGAGAAGGAUUACAUUUAGGCCUAGAGUGGAUUGCGAGUCGGAUAAAGAAGAAAUGACACGACGCUGAUCUUCCAUUAGUAAUUUUAUAAAUAGGUACAUACUAUUGUUAAAGUUACAUAAAAUUUAAUUCCUGAAUUAACUGUUUGCAUUAAAUUUACUAAAUAAAUAUAUUCUAAAGAGAGACCUAUCAGGAUUAAUGUCCGUUGUUUUGAAAGGAUGGGAUAUAUUAUAAUAAAAAAUGUUCUUGUAUA